GUAUGUAACGCAGCCGGCACCGGCGGGGACCCCCUGAUGCUGCGGAGGAGGGCGAGCGGCUUCCGGAACGCUUCCGCUGCCGAGAUGCCGGUGCUGCACCAGCACAGCAAAAGGUUCAGCGGCCUCUACACGGGGCCCUACUUCGACACAAGCACUGCUACCAACAUAACGGCCCAGCUGGGCACGCACGCCUACCUGCCGUGUCGCAUCAAGCAGCUGGGUAACAAGUCGGUGUCGUGGAUCCGGCGGCGCGACGCGCAUAUCCUGACGGUGGACCGGUACACGUUCAUCGCGGACGACCGGUUCCAGGCGUUUCUGGUCGAGGCGACGGAUACGUGGACGCUGCAGAUAAAGUACGUGCAGGCGCGCGACGCCGGCCAGUACGAGUGCCAGGUCAGCACCGAGAACAAGAUGAGCCACUUCAUCUCACUGCACGUCGUCGUGCCGCGUGUGGAGAUUGCGGGCGGCCACGACCUGUACGUGCGCGCGGGCAGCACGGUGGCCCUGCGCUGCGAGGUGACGCAGUCCCUGGAGGAGCCGGCCUACAUCUUCUGGUACCACGACGGCGAGCGCGUGCUCUCCUACCAGGACAUCCGGCUGGAGCGCGUCGCGCCCGACGCCACCGUCAGCACGCUGCUGAUCCAGCGCGCGCGCCGCGAGCAGUCGGGCAACUACACGUGCAAGCCCAGCAACCUCGACUCCGCCUCCGUCCUGCUGCACGUGCUCGACGGGGAGCACCCGGCGGCGAUGCAGCGCGGCAAGAAUUCGGCGGUGCCGGCGGGCAGCUGGUGGGGGCACGUGUGGUGCCGCCUGGCGCUGGCGGCGCUCGCCGCCUUCUCCGGCCUGCACGGCGCGCCCUGCCCCUGCCACGCCGCGGCUCUGCUGCCCGCGCUACUCGCCGCGGUCGCCUGGGCCUCCGCGUAG